AUGGAUAACCGUGGCAAGGCUAUCUUUUCCUUUAUGUUUGAUGAUGAUUCAGAUGAUGAAGAACAUCAUCAGAGAGUGAUUGAAGCCAUUGUCCACCAUACUUCACAGGAGAAUGAAGCCACCAAACAUGGUGGGUCGGUAGUCGGUCGUGUGUACAAGAACCGUGAGAGGGAAGAUCGUCAUCGCAAUCUCAUGUCCGACUACUUCGUUGAAAGGCCACAACAAUAUGAGUUGGAGCCAAGCAUUACAUAUGAGUACCACCAAGAUAGGCAAACUCUCUCUGAUUACAUGAUUCGUCAUAAUAGAGUUCGAUCUCCACAUGUGCAUCAAGACGGGCUCGGCCGACAAGGGCUAUCCCCUCAGCAAAAGUUAACCGUUGUCUUUCGUAUGCUCGCAUGGGGAUGCUCAGCUGACGCGACCGACGAGUACUGUAGAUUGGGUGAAAGCACAGCUCUUGAGUCACUCCGAAAGUUUUGUUGCGCUGUUGAAGCCGUGUAUGGCCAGUGGUACCUCAAGACUCCAAAUCCAGCUGACCUUUACAAGCUAUUGCAUAAGGCAAGUAGUCGAGGCUUCCCAGGAUCCAACAAUGAUAUCAAUAUUUUAGCUCAUUCUCCAUUGUUCAAUGAUGUGGUGGUACAUGGAGUGGCUCCUCAUGUUGAAUAUAUUGUCAAUGAAAAUCAAUACCAUUUGGGCUACUAUUUGGCAGAUGGGAUCUACCCUCGUUGGGCUACUUUGGUGAAGACCAUAUCUUCUCCUCAAAGAAGAGGUUUUUUUGCACAAAUGCAAGAAGCGUACAUGAAGGAUGUUGAAAGAGCAUUUGGAAUACUACAGGCUCGAUGGGCUAUUGUUCGGGGCCCUGCACGUAUGUGGUGCAAGGAUAACCUCCACUCAAUCAUGAUGACGUGUAUAAUUUUGCACAACAUGAUUGUGGAGGAUGAUUACGAAUAUGUUGAAGAGGAAUAUGAUGAUGAGGAUAUGUGUCCACAACGAUCCAGGAGGGCUAGAGCAAAACAAUAUGAGUUGGAGCCAAGCAUUACAUAUGAGUACCACCAAGAUAGGCAGACUCUCUCUGAUUACAUGAUUCGUCAUAAUAGAGUUCGAUCUCCACAUGUGCAUCAGAGUCUCCGAAAUGAUUUGAUCAAUCACCUUUGGAGAAGCUUUGGAGAUGGUGAAUGA